GCAGGGAUUCCAUCCGUGGCAAGGAAUUUGCUGUGAGGUCUGGCUGCCAUGGCAAGCCUGCUGCGUGUUGCUGCCAGUGGGUGCCUAGCUCCUGUCUUUGGCAAUGUGCUGUCACCAAAGGUGCACUCAGCAAAGGUGACGUGUUUGCGAAUGUUUAGAACCCACCAGGUCCUCAGGACUCAGGCAGCUCCAAAGCCAGGAGUUCCGUAUAAGCAGCUGACUGUAGGUGUCCCCAAGGAGAUAUUUGAGAAUGAGAAGAGAGUGGCUUUAUCACCAGCUGGAGUUCAGGCCUUGGUUAAACAAGGCUUCAAUGUUGUGGUGGAAUCUGGUGCUGGAGAAGCUUCAAAAUUUUCUGAUGAUCAUUACAGAGAAGUUGGAGCAAAGAUCCAGGGGACCAAGGAAGUUCUGUCUUCUGAUUUGAUUGUGAAAGUGAGAGCUCCUAUGUAUAACUCAGCUCUAGGUGCACACGAGGCAGAUCUUUUUAAAACAGCGGCUACCCUUAUUAGUUUUAUCUAUCCAGCACAAAAUCCAGACCUCCUGAAAAAACUUGCAGAAAAAAAAGCUACUGUCUUGGCUAUGGAUCAGGUUCCUCGGGUCACCAUUGCUCAGGGAUAUGAUGCACUUAGCUCCAUGGCCAACAUUGCUGGUUACAAGGCUGUGGUGUUGGCAGCAAAUCACUUUGGUCGAUUUUUCACUGGUCAAAUCACAGCUGCUGGUAAAGUUCCUCCAGCAAAGGUCUUGAUCAUCGGAGGAGGAGUUGCUGGCCUGGCUUCUGCAGGAGCAGCAAAAUCAAUGGGUGCUGUGGUUCGUGGAUUUGAUACUAGAGCUGCAGCUCUGGAACAGUUCAAGUCUCUUGGUGCUGAGCCUUUGGAAGUAGGCUUAAAGGAAUCUGGAGAGGGACAAGGAGGUUAUGCUAAAGAAAUGUCCAAAGAAUUUAUUGAAGCUGAAAUGAAACUCUUUGCCAAACAGUGCCAAGAUGUUGAUAUUAUCAUCACUACAGCACUUAUUCCAGGCAAAAAAGCUCCUGUCUUGUUUAAGAAAGAUAUGAUUGAAUCAAUGAAGGAAGGCUCAGUUGUUGUGGAUUUAGCUGCAGAAGCAGGGGGAAAUAUUGAGACUACAAAGCCUGGAGAAAUGUAUGUUCAUAAGGGUGUUACGCACAUUGGCUACACAGACCUGCCUAGCAGAAUGGCAACUCAGGCCAGUACUCUGUAUUCCAAUAAUAUUAUCAAACUCCUGAAGGCUAUUAGUCCUGACAAAGAGAACUUCUACUUUGAUCCAAAAGAUGAAUUUGAUUAUGGGACUCUGGAUCAUGUUAUCAGAGGAACUGUAGUUAUGAAGGAUGGCAAGGUGAUUUUCCCAGCACCUCCACCAAAUAACAUUCCUCAAGGAGCCCCUGUGAAGCAGAAGACUGUAGCAGAGCUGGAAGCGGAAAAAGCAGCUACUAUUACACCUUUUAGAAAAACUAUGACUAGUGCAUCUGUAUACACAGCAGGUUUAGCUGGUACAUUGGGACUAGGCAUUGUAGCACCUAAUACUGCUUUCACGCAAAUGGUGACAACGUUUGGGCUAGCUGGAAUAGUGGGGUACCAUACAGUAUGGGGUGUGACUCCUGCUCUGCACUCUCCACUCAUGUCUGUGACGAAUGCUAUCUCAGGUCUAACAGCAGUUGGUGGGCUGGUAUUGAUGGGUGGACACUACCUCCCUGAAAACACUUCUCAAACUCUAGCAGUGCUUUCAGCCUUCAUCUCUUCAGUCAAUAUUGCAGGUGGUUUUUUAGUUACACAGAGAAUGCUCGAUAUGUUCAAACGUCCCACAGAUCCUCCUGAGUACAACUACUUGUACCUUCUUCCUGGUGGUGUGUUUGUAGGAGGCUAUGCAGCUGCUCUCAGUGGUGGCUAUAAUAUUGAACAGGUGAUGUAUCUGGGCUCAGGAUUAUGCUGUGUUGGUGCCCUGGCUGGUCUGUCUACCCAAGGAACAGCUCGUCUUGGAAAUGCUUUGGGUAUGAUUGGUGUUGCAGGAGGUUUAGCAGCAACUCUUGGAAGCCUUAAUCCAUCACCUGAAUUGUUGGCACAGAUGUCAGGUGCAAUGGCACUUGGUGGUACCAUAGGUCUGACGAUCGCUAAACGCAUUCAGAUUACAGAUCUACCUCAGCUGGUAGCUGCUUUCCAUAGUUUGGUUGGUUUGGCUGCUGUGCUCACCUGUGUAGCAGAAUACAUGAUUGAAUUUCCUCACUUCGCUACUGAUCCAGCUGCAAACCUCACCAAGAUUGUGGCAUAUCUUGGCACAUACAUUGGUGGAGUGACUUUCAGUGGCUCCCUUGUUGCAUAUGGAAAACUGCAAGGUAUCCUGAACUCUGCACCUCUGCUCUUGCCGGGUCGACAUGCACUGAAUGCAGGAUUGCUAGCUGCCAGCAUUGGUGGAAUGGUUCCAUACAUGAUUGAUCCUAGUUACACUACGGGAAUUACUUGCCUGGGUUCUGUGUCAGCACUUUCAGCCAUAAUGGGUGUCACUUUAACAGCAGCUAUUGGAGGUGCUGACAUGCCUGUAGUUAUUACUGUCCUGAACAGUUAUUCUGGAUGGGCUUUGUGUGCUGAGGGCUUUCUGCUGAACAACAACUUGCUGACCAUUGUUGGUGCACUCAUUGGCUCCUCUGGGGCCAUCCUCUCUUACAUCAUGUGUGUGGUAAGAAGUCAACAGAAACUCUGCUUAUUUGCUGAGUAA